AUGCAUCAUAUAUCAAUCCAAAUCAUCAAUGAUACGGAUUCAUCAGAUUCUUUUGAUGAUUUCGGCGUAUUUCUUGAUGAUGAUAUUGGUGAUAAAGAUGUUUUUAUGUCAAUGUGGAAUUACAAUCCAAAUACUGGUACAGAUAAUCAACCCAAAGACCAAGCUGCGCUUGAUGAUAUCUCAGAGGCCUUCGUAAAUCUCAAGAGUGCAUUAAACGAUAUCGCUGUUCUCAAAAACAAUUUUCAAUCAAAUAUUUCAAAGAAGAAUUUUGCAUCUGGCAAAGUUCCUCUCGAGUCUGAGAACCCAGAUGAAGAUUUUGUAGCAUUCCAAGCUUUGAGGCAGAAGAAAAUACAGUUAGAAGAAAGCAGUCAGUUUCUUUUCAAUUCUGCAGCAUCUCUACAAAAAGAGGUAGAGAGCACUAGACAGUACUUCAGAGAGGUAGAUCAAGUCUCUCAACGCUUCCCAUUAAAACUCGUCUCAACACCAGAUAAAACAACAAAAAUCGCGAUUGAUACAGCAUAUUCCACAAAUAACUACAUUUUCCUUAAUGAAAAAGAGAAUACAGACGGAUCUGAUUCUUGCAUUGAAUGGGCCUUGUCUGUAAACACUCAUUUUUCAUUCAACGGAAAAUCUUUCAUGUUAGAGUCGAAUUCUUCAUUUAUACGUUGCUUCUUUGAUCUCAUGUGCCACCAGUUAUUUGAACGUAUUAAAGACGAUCAAAUUAAGUCCGCAAUUCAUUAUUCAGCAGAUAAAGAUUCCAGAUCAGUAUACUUCGAUAUUGGUACGAAAGAAACAUGGGUAUUCGAGCUCGGCGCAUUAAAAGAGGUCGGAGAUAUCCCUGUUUGGAUUCCAAAACUUAUUCAUUAUAUUAUUGAUCCAAAAUCGCAGCCAGCGACAUAUAUGAGGCAGCUUUUAUAUUAUCUUAAUACAUUGAACUCUCUUAGAACCACUUUUAUGGACAGAUUCCUUUAUUCCGACUUUUGCCAAUUAAUUGUCAAAGAACAGCCAUGUUGUUCGGCUUUUCAGAUCUCUUCACCUCAUCUGGCCAUUCCAUACAUUGCUUUCAUUGAUAAAUGGCGAGUAUCGUUGACAGAAACUCCAAAUGAAAUGAGAUGUAUUCCUUAUUCAACAGAUGGACGUGGAUUAACACCAUCGUUAGAGAAAUGGUGUGAUAUUACAUUUACAGCGCUAUUCCUGUCGAUGGCUGAGAAAAUUACGAGAAGUUUCGGAUACGUUUUCAAGAAUAAGAACCAGUAUGGAACAGCAGCAUUUGGUGGCCGUAAAAUCAAGUUUAAACCACUUCCAAAGUCUAGAGAUGUAGAGAUUUCCAUCACAUCUCACGCAACUAAGAAGAGGAACUGGAAUCAAGUGCCUGGUUCGGAUUAUUUCGAGCGUAUGUGUGUUAUUCUGUUCACUGAUCUCAAUUAA